AUGUCAGGCAGGAGAGAUAGAUCUAGAUCCCCAAAUAGAUUAAGUCAACACAGGAACAAAGAUGGAAGUCACGAUGGCCACAAAACUAUGGAUGUAUCAAAUGUGAUCAACCCUUUAAUGUUGCCAAAUAUGUUCGGCCAAGGGAAUAUGAUGAUGGGUGGAAUGUACAAUAUGAUGAUGCAGAAUGGUAUGAUGGCAGGAGGUAUUUUACCAGCUUCUGGCAUAGAAAUGAUGCCAAAUGCUGCUAUGGAGUUACUACCCCAACAAGCACUUGACAUGCAGGCUAUAGCACCACCAGCUUUGCCCAAUAAUACUCAAAACUUGGAUAUGACCUUAAUGGGUAACGUUAUGGUGGACCCUUCUAUGUUAGCAAUGUAUCAGAAUGUAAAUCCAGAAGCAAUGCAAGAGAAAAAGGAACUUGUGUUUAAGCAUUGUAGACUUAUUCCACCCGCCCCAGGAACUCCACAACCACCUAAGAGAGCUCGACCACCUGGGUGCCGAACAAUCUUUGUUGGAGGCUUGCCAGAUAAAAUCAGAGAAAGUAUUGUUAGGGAUAUUUUUGAGGGUUAUGGAAGAAUUCAGAUAUUACGAUUAUCAAAAAAGAAUUUCUGCCAUAUUCGCUUUGACAGAGAGAGCUGUGUAGAUGCAGCUAUGGUUAUAUCUGGAUAUCGCAUUAAGUUGAUUAAUAAAGACAAAGAUGAUAAGGAUGACGAUGAUGAGUCUCAUGCGAACAAUGGGUGGCUGCAUGUUGAUUAUGCAUUGAGUAGAGAUGACCAAAAUGAGUAUGAGAGAAGGCAAAGACAAGCAUUGAGAAUACAACAGCAGCAAAUACAGCAACUGACAGUCCAGCAAGAGGCUUUGGCUAACACACAUAACGUUACCUACCCUCGUUCACCAUCUCCAGUCAGAAUACAGCCAUUUUCCAAUGCUGCCAUAACACAGCUGGCUGAAAAAAUUAAAAGUGAAAGUGCAUUUGCGCUCACACUACCCACACUGAUCUCAUGGUUGGAACGGGGAGAAUGUUCAAAGAAGAAUUCCAAUCAGUUCUAUUCAAUGUUGCAAGCCACGAACUCACACAUUCGAAGACUCUUCAGUGAAAAAAUGCAGGCUGAAGAAGAACUAGUGGAAUGUAAAGAAAGAGUGAAAAAUGUCAUUCAGAAAGUCAUUGAACAACUCGAACAGGUGGGGAAAGUGUUUAAUGCGGCGACACAUCAGCGCGUGUGGGACCAUUUCACAAAACCGCAAAGGAAAAACAUCGAGACCUGGCAGAAAAUGUCCCAGGAGUUUACUGCGUUGAAGGAAGAAUUUAAUGAGAAAUUUUUCGGUGACGACAAUCAAGAAUUUAAUGGUGCUUCAAAUAGGGAGCACCUUGCUGAUAAUAUACAGCAGCUUAAGAAAGAGAACGAAAGUUUACUGUUUCAAUUAGAAGCAUAUAAGAAUGAAGUAGAUGUCAUAAAAGCGGACGCACAAAAGGAAAUGGAGAAGUUCAAGGCCCAGUUUAUCGCUAGGCAAGCUUUGAAGGGGACCUUUGAUAAAAAUCCUCCUCUGCCGUCGCCUGUCACAAAACCUCCACCCCCUCCUCCGCUGCCUGAAGAGGCAGAGUCGAAGCCCCCUGUUGAAAUUAAACCUGAAUUUGGAGAAGCUAAACUCAUUGGAGUUAUGUCGGCUUUCUUACAAGUACACCCACAGGGCGCAAGUCUCGACUACGUUGUAUCAUACGUACGGGCAUUAUUCCCCCAUAUCACACAAGCACUUGUUCACAACGUGCUACAGAAGUUCCCCGAAGUCUUCCAGAAGAGUACCAGCGGUGUCGGCGCCAAUAUCGAAAACAGAUGGAAAUUUGUCGCAUUCGAGAACGCAUAA